AUCACAUCGCGUGUUGUUGAAACGUUCUCAAUAGGAUUUCUGACAGUUGCGAAAGGAGAAGGCCAUUAUCGACAUGGAGUCCACCUCAGUGUAUAUGUGUUUUCCCUGUUAUCGGGAGUUUCCUACACUGGAGGAAGUGCUGGCUCAUCAGGUGAACUGCAAUGCAGAGAAUCCUCAGUUAGUGACCAAUGAAACGCCUGUUGAGGCGGCGGCCGCAGCAGCUGGCCUUCCACAGGUGGCAAUGCAGUCUGUUCCACAGAUGCAGACACAGACUGUGGAUUUGUCUGCUUUGCUAGGACAGAAGAAAACUUCUCAAACUGAUGCUCCACGUGUGCUGUACCAGUGUGCUGACUGCGAAGUUCUCUUCGAUGCUCUAUCACUGUGGCAACAACAUCGAAAGACGGGCUGUUACCUUGAGACGGGUCCUGGCCCUGGAGAAGGCCGGGGAACAGUAGCCAUGUCAGAACAUCAGGAGACUGUGCAAGAACAGCCUGCAGGUGGACAGACGGCGGUCAAAGAACAGAAGGAACAUCCUAAAGUAAAGAUGGAGAGCACUUCUCCACAGAAUGAGCCAAUAGAAGAGGAUUCUGAAAGAGAAGUGGAGCCUGAGAUCUCCAGGGAGGACUUACCAAAAAACACUGAGCUCAUGGAACCUGUAGAGACACCGGUACCUCAAGGUAGUACAUCUCCUGAAGAACAAAGCCCCCCUUCGAGGCGCAGGCGGCAAAAGAAGGAAAAGCCCCCAUCAACCCUGCUCUGCGUGGAGUGCGGGCAGAGCUUCGGCCAGGUUUCAGAGCUCGUGACUCACCGUAGGGUUCAACAUAGCCUAAAAGAUGCCAUCCAUCGCUGCACAGUGUGCGGGGAGGGCUUCAUCAACACCACACUUUUCCUCUAUCAUCGCAGACAACACCGCACAAGGGUGGAAAAUCAACCUGUGCAAGUUCAAUCUGCCAUCUCACAGCUCUCCACAGCCAUCAUGGAGGCCCCAGGUGAAGGACUCUUACUUUUAGCUACGGCAGGGGAAGGCCAGAGUCUGAUGGAGGUGACCACUCUGGAACAGACUGUAACCGAGACCCCUGUAGGACAUAUGGAGGUAGAGCUUGACAGUGUGGAUAGAGGACAGGAAGUUCAUCAACCUCCAAUGGAAAGUACAGAAAGAGAGGAGAUUAGCGAGGUCCUGGUGGAUAAGAUUGUGGAGAUGGUGGAAGAGGGCGCUGGAGUAAAUGAGGUAGAAGGAAUGGAGGUGGUCACUGUUAGAGUUUCCGAAAAACACGGAGGAGAGGUGGCGAUGGAAAAUAGGGUAGAGUCGGAGAAAGCAGUGUUUGAAGAAAAUCAGGGAAAGGUAGACAGUAACACAACAGAGGAACCUGCGCCAGCCUCCUCCACGGGCACUGAAGGACAGAAGUUCCUCUGUAAUCAGUGUGGAGCCUCAUUCACCGAUGAAAAAGAGUUGGCAAAGCACCGCAGUACUGAGCAUGGCCUGAUGGCGGCGUUGCACACCUGCACAGAGUGUGGGGCUGAGUUCAUGAGCACCACACAGUUCCUGUACCAUCGCCGUGAGCAUCGUAUGAACCCACUUGCAGGACAAAGACUCUCUGCUGAAGGAAAUUGCAGGAUCUACACUACUUCAGCUGUCGGCACGAAAUGCUGCGAUAGCGUCCUCAGACAACCAGCAGGCGCAGCCAUCGAGGCCCCCGCCCAGCUGAGCCGGGACUGGUCGCGCACCGCUGUGCCCCACGAGUGCCCCCAUUGCGGGAAGGGCUUCACACGCCGCAGCCUGUUGCGUGAGCAUGUGUUUCAACAUACUGGAAAGAAACUCUUCAGUUGCAAAUUCUGCACAAAGAGCUUCCCAUCUCCUUCCAGUCUGCUGCGUCACAACCUGACACAUGGAGCAUCCCGCCUGCACAACUGUCAUGUCUGUGAUAAGAGGUUCUUCCAGGCUACCUCUCUCAAACGCCAUGUGCUGGUUCACCAGUUUGGAGCCCAGGAUCAAAGGGUCAGAAGCAGGAGAAAAGGGAGGCUGUCCUUGAGCAGUGGGCAUCUGCAUACCUGUCCUGAGUGCCCGGCCACCUUCAAGUCGGAGUCCCAACUGCUGAGUCACAGGCUUCUACACACCAGCCAUCCCUUUCCGUGCAAAGCGUGUGGGGAGGCAUUUAAACGCCGCAAGGAGCUGGACCUCCAUUAUCUCAUCCAUGAAGAUAAAGAACCAAAGACGUGUCCCAACUGCAGCGCUCAGUUCCUGAAUCAGACAGUGCUGGAAACGCACCUGCAGCGCUGCACAGGGGAGGCCGGGGUGCGCCGCAGGUACAAAGGUCAAGGACGAGGGAAGGUGGGGGGUCAGCUGGAGUGUGAUAUGUGCGGCCACCGCUGCGUCACUCAGGACGGUCUUGACCUGCACCGGCUCUCCCACACUGGUCAGACGCCUCUGCGGUGCCCGCUCACACCCUGCAGACGACGCUUCGCCUCCAGCUCUGCAUUGGGGGAACACCUCGUGGCGCACUGCCGUGGGGCGUUGGGCAAAAAAAGCGCUCCACGCCGAUUCACCUGCGAGUUCUGUGGGAAGGAGUUCGCCUACGCGUCCACAUUCUCCGUUCACUUAAGAACGCACACCAAUGAACGACCCUUUGAGUGCAGUCACUGUGGGAAGCGUUUCCGGCAACUUCCACACCUGCAGGACCACGAGCGCAUCCAUAGUGGCGAGCGACCAUUCUCGUGCUGGGUGUGCGGUAAAAGCUUCAGCGUGGCAGCGAGGCUCACAGAGCACGCCCGCGUGCAUAGCGGUGAGCGACCAUAUGCCUGCCCUCGCUGUCCCACCGCCUUCCGUUCGCGACCCAACCUCGACAAGCACAUGCGUCUCCAUGCCAACGACCCAGUUGACCCCAACGCACCAAAUGCAUUGGAUGAUGAUACAGCCGUUCAAACCAUCCUCUUAGUACAAGAGUCGUCCUCUUCCUCACCGCCCUCUUCCUCAUCCGGGGUGCCUGUGGUCCAGGAGGGCAUGUUGGUGUCAGAAGAAGGCGGCUCAUCUGUGGUUUUUCUUCACCCUAACAUCAGUGUGCCAGGCUUCUCUAUGCCCUCUCUAACUGUUCCAAACAUCUCUGUAGUGGCAGGUCAAGAUGUUCCUCACACAAUUGAAGUUAUCUUAGAGGAGACUGUGUAAUGAAAGAAAUGGGGGGGGGGGUAAUCAAAUGAAUGCAAAUUGUAGAUAGUUACCUGAAAUUAUACUGCUUUGUGGGUGGAGUAUAGGCAGAUUUAGCAGUGGGUAGAGAUAGCAGGUGUAGUUGUGUCUUCAUGAGAGAUGGCUCUGUGUACGGGUAGAAUAUAUUUUGCUUUGGCAAAAUAAGAAUACAGCGCAUCUUUGCCCAAGAGAAAAGAAAAAUAACAACAUAUGCAUUUUUUUAUAUUUAAAUUUGCCACUGCAUUUACGCUUUGAUUUUAUCUUUUGGUGUCAGGUGUUUUAUCUGCCAUUAAUAAAAAGCUUGAGCCCAUUGGGUUGUUACUCAUUUAUUAAAGGUUGUCUUGACGUAUUUUUCAGCUCAAAAACAGUACUUACUUAAUUUUACAUUUGAAUAGUUCAGAUGCAAAACCUGCAAAGCGUGUCUAACUAAGUUAGCUAAAUUAGCAUUUCUAUCAGUCUCUUCAGGUUCAAUAAUUUCAGUUUAAUUGCAAUGAAAAUAUUUUUUGUAACUGAAAUGCCUCUUUUUUUGUACAAAUGUCACUUAAUUUCAUUGUAAUUUAAAAAAUUUGACUGUAUUUCACUGCAAAACCCUCUAAGUGCAACAAGACUUCUUUCAACAAGACAUAGUAAACUGUUGCAAAAUCACUAAAGAUGCAGCUAGAAACAUUGCAAAUGAUGAAAGUCAGAAUUCAAAAUGUAAAAAUGAAGAAACUGAACCACACAAUAGGGUGCACUGUGAUAGAUGUGGCUGCUCAUUUGGAUUGUAUUCAGGUCUAAAUAUUUACAAGGGACCCAUGUUUGAAUGUGAUUUAAAAUCAUUUCACAAUCGUCUUUCGUGUAUUUUGAGGAUUUUGCAGAAAAUUGAUUUGGCAUUUAACAGAUUUUCUCAAGCACCUGGUAUUUCUGAAUGAAACAAGGCUGGAAUUAACCGGAUUUAAAGCGAAAUUAGUAAACAUACAAAAUGUGCCGAGACGACUUCUCAUUUUCUGACAAAAGUGGCAUUUAGGGUCCUUUGCAUCUGAGUUUUUCAUUUUUACCCUUUACUUUUGAACAGGCCAUUGUGGCUUAAACACCCUCUGUUAAGAUUUUGUUAAUCAGGUUUUUCUUGGUGUGCACAAUGCCUGUUAAAAAAUAAAUGAUGUAAAAUAAUAAUGUAAAUGUAAUAUGUGCUUAUGUAAAAUAAAUUGAGAACGAUUUUCAUGUAAAUUGUACGUUAUACUUAUCUAAUUUACAUAUUAGGUUUUUCCCCAACAGCUGUGAUAUUUCUAACCGUAUAGACUUCUAUUACUGUCAUUAUGUUCUGAUACCACACUAUUAGUGUUUCAUUGUAUAAGCCAUUUAAACAAAAAAUAGCCUUUUAUGUUCUGACAUAAAGAGCUUUUCAAUAAACUGAACCCCUGAAUACAUCCAAAAACAAAUGAUCUUGCAGCUUUAGGUGUGAAUGAUGACUGCAGUGGAAACAGAGCUUAGUUUGAACACUUAACUACAAAUCUCGCCCUGAAUUUUUUCCAGUUGAAUGGGAUUUAAGUUGAGCUCCAUUACCUCAGUUCAUUGAGAGAUUGAGAGAGAGAACUGGGUCGUUGGAGCUCAUGUGUUUGCUCGGUUUAGGCUCCUUUUAUUUACUCUAGUCCUGCUAAACUUCUCCUCCAUACGCCUGCUGCAUCAUUAUGAUUCGUCCUGUUAAUGAUAGACAUUGAUAUACAAACACCAUUCCUAUACCCCGCUCUAAAUUCCCAAACAACAAACUGAACGAUAUCUUACCCGGCUCAUUAAUUUAUAGACUUUGACUUGC